CUUGCGGUUUGUCAUCAUCCAUCAAGUCCUUCUCUCACCUAUCCUAGGCAGGCAGCACAUCUGCAGUAGCAGGGGGGCAGAGGAAGAACGCGCUGUGCAGAGAGACUUCACCUGGGGAGACAGCCGCUUGGUUACUGCAUCCCUUAAGUGAAAAGGAAACCCACAGCAGGAUCUGGGGAAGCAGAACAAGAUCACAUCAAGCACGAUUCAUAUUCAUCUCGAAAUUUAGGAAAGCUUCUGUACUGCAAAACAGAAUCACCGAUAAGGAUGGCAGCCAUGAAGGAGAAGAAAAGCUGCGGGCAGCUGAUGGAGGACUGGAAAGAAUUCAUGUGGAACCCAAGAACCCGGGAGUUCAUGGGAAGGACUGGCACCAGCUGGGCCCUGAUCAUCCUUUUCUACAUCGUCUUCUAUGGUUUCCUCACUGCACUCUUCACCCUCACAAUGUGGGUAAUGUUGCAGACCAUCGACGACUACAAACCAACGUAUCAAGACCGGCUCGCUACUCCAGGAGUGAUGAUCCGUCCUAAAACAGACUCCCUUAUCAUUUCAUACAAUGUGAGCAGAACUGAGUCCUGGGAUAUACAUGUUACUGCGCUCAACAACUUUUUGGGUGCCUACAAUGACAGUGUCCAAAAUAUCACCAAUAUAAAAUGUACUCCUGGGGAUUACUUCAGGCAGAGUGACAGUGGUGAAGUGCGCAAUAACCCAAAGAGAUCAUGCCAGUUUCUACGCUCCUCUCUUGGAAACUGCUCUGGCAUAAAUGAUCCAAACUAUGGUUAUGGAACUGGCCAGCCUUGUGUUUUUAUCAAAAUGAACAGGGUUAUUGGGAUGUUACCUGGAGGUAGAGGUGUAGCACCUUUCGUCAACUGUACAGGAAAGCAACCUAAAAGCAAGAAAUCUGAGUUGAAAGAUGCAGAUUCUAAUAAUAUCUAUGAUGUGCAGUACUUCCCGACCAAUGGAACACUCGACCUAAUGUACUUUCCAUACUAUGGGAAGGAGGCUCAGGUGAACUACAGCCAACCCAUUGUGGCAGUCCAGUUCUUAAACUUCACUUACAAUACAGCCAUUAAUGUGGAAUGCAAGAUUGUGGCCUCCAACAUUGCAACCAAUGAUGACAAGGACAAAUUUGCAGGCCGAGUGUCCUUCACACUGCAUGUGAACAAAAACUAGCAGGGUUUUAUUCCUUCACUUCUUGCACUGGACUUGCAUUUUGCUUGGCAAGCAGAAACUUCAUGAAGAAAUGGGGAGAAGGGAGGGGGAAAGGGGGAAACAAGGUUUAUGAGGACUCACUGUGUAGGGGUGUAUGGGCAGAAAGGAAAAGAGCACACCAAGUUGAAGGGGAAGGAAUAACACCUUGCAAUUUACUACAGUGAGGUGUGACUAGUGACAAUCAAGUGGUGUGACUGCUUCCUAUGCAUCCUCUGGAGUGGUUUCGUUUGAAGUCCUCAUGAACCAAGAAGUGUUAGACCCACACUGCAUUAACUAGAAUGUUCAAAACCUUGCUCUGUUUCAUCGCGCUCAUUCAACAGUUUGGAAUGUAACAGUGUACCCCCUCUGCUGCAGUGUGCACACGCACAUAUGCCACCUUCGUUAAGCAUCAUAUUGGUCAGCUCAAAGUUUCAACAAGGCUUUGUGUCUUGGCCAAACCAUCAAAAACACCCACUAGGCAGCCGAAUUUUAAUUUAUAUUUUAUGCAUUGUAUAGUCUUUCUAGUUUUGAGAACUGUUUAUUUAUGUAGAAUUUUAGAUUUUCGAAGUCGGAAUAUAUGUAUAUCAGUUCAUCAACUGAGCUGAGGAAGUAAUGUAUAAAAUCCUUUUUUUAUAACAGCAUGGCAUUAAAGUCAAAUCUGUCUUUUCUCUAGCUCUUUCAUUUUAUGAUCCUGGUCUUUCCUUUUGUUUACAAUUCUGGAACCUUCAACUGGUGCUUUCUUUUACUUUCUUGUGCAUCCUCUUAAGUGGUGAAUGUCGACAUACAUUUUGAAGAAGAUGCCACUAGAACCUUUGAGUAGUUAUUGCUUUCAUACUUGGAGAGCACACGUUCUUUUUAACCUGGUAUAUAAUUCAUAAUACUUGUUAUAUAUCAUGUGAUACUUUAUAACGAAUAUUUUGUUUUCACUGAAAUCAGACACAGCAGAUCAGAUAAAAUAAGUAGCUUUAAAAAGUUAAGUAUUACCAAAAGAACACAUUUCUUAAAUGCAAUAAUGAGGUCCUCAAGUGGUGCGAUAUGGUGGCAUAAAUGCCAUUAAACGGUACAGACCACUUGUACCUUAUGCCGUGUCAUGCCUUAUUGAUUAAACAUCCCUGCCGAUAUGGCAGGUCACUAAAUUUGUAAUCGUGGAAUACAGCUGCUAUUAAUGACUUAGUUUUUGUUCAUGAAAAUAUUUUUUAUUCAGCAUAUGUCAGGAAAAAAUGUCCAAUGUACAAUACAAUACAGUUUAGAUUUAACAAUAUAGCCAGUAUUUUCUUAUCCAAAAGACAAUUGACAUAUUUAAUCACUACGAAAUGUUCUUAGUGAAACUGAAUGUUAGAUUGGGAAUGGUUGUCACAUGAACAGAAAUAAAUGUUUAUCAAGUGAAUCAACUGAACAAUGUAUUCCCAGCAGUAAAUUAUGAUAAAAUAAGUUGCCAAAAAACAACAACUUGUAAGCCAAAAGGUGAAUGAGAUAACCAGAACUAUAUAUGAUCAGACAUCUUAGUACCAUAUGCAUGCUAUGAGUAGUUAUAGGAUAUGCCAAAAAGCUAGGCUAAAUAAUUGCAUAGCAUGUUUAGAAUUGUAGCCUGUAAAUGUCAGAUGAAAUUUGUCAUAAUUCCCACUGAUUUACACAUAUUAAAUACUUGCCCUUUAAAAUGUAUGAGCUUUGUUUCACCACAUGCUGGAGUUCAGUGUAGUAAAGGUACAGAAAAGAAAAUCUUUAACCAUGUUUACUUGAAUGAAACAGACCAAUCAAAAGUUAUGGUAUUCCUUCUUACAAAGUGUCUGAGCUCUGUUUGUUAAACAGUGCAUCAUUCAGAAGCAUCUCUGUUAGAAAUAACAUGUGUUGGAUAUUAAAAAGUCCUUAUCAGGAAAAGUUUUAUGUCAUAAAGUGCCUGUCAGAAAGUGGCAAAGAGCGUGCUUGACUGAAUGUGUCUGAUUGGGAAUAUUUGUCAAAGUGUACCUGACAAGUGUUUGCCAGCCAGGAAAUCUCUCAGGAGCUGAACAGCAGCAAAAUGUGCCUCACAGCAAACAAGUCAUAUAAAUUAGGGCCUCUCACUGCUGGAAUAUACUUGUAAAAGAGUCUGAGAGAAAAUGUGAUUGUGCAUGUAUGUUAAAAAUAAUCUGUAUCGGAAAACAUCUAAGAAAGAGUGUGUAUGUGGAACUAUCACAUCAAAAAUAUAUUUUAAGAAGUGUUAUUAUCCAAGAAGUUUUUUAAGAAUAAAUUAUCUUUCUAGAAGGUCAUUAUAAUAAUAAACCAUAACAUUUCAGUGUAUUUAUAAAGUAUGUAUGUUCUUCAGUAACCAUUUUUGUCCAUGAGAAGAUUAACUUUGAUCUUGUGCCAUUCAAGAUAAUGAUGGCAAAAGCACGUUUUAUGCAUAUUUGUCCUUCACAGCAACAGCACCCUUUGAGAAUAUCAGGUGUACAAAAUAGAUUUAACAGAAUUGACUCUUAUAGGAAUUAUGACUAAGCAGAAACAACUACAGUAGACUGUGCCUGUAAAAUGUUCUGCUCUUUAGAUCAGAACAGCUUUGUUCUAGUAAGUGUUUUCAUCACGAACAGCUCCAGGAAGCAAGUUCUGAUAAAAGUCUGUGUAAGAAAAUGUAAUACUUUUUUAUUGUUUUAUUUAAUUGCUCUUCAAGUCAUUGUUUCUCCUGGAAUUUAAAACGGAUAAACCUGUACCCAAAUUCUUUCACGAGAAAGAAUGACAAUGCCCUCAAAGUACAGCAGUGUUUAGGGAUUUUUACACCUGCACCCUUGUUAGCUCAGCUGUAUCCCAUGAUUUCAUUACUAUAUCUUGUGCAGCAAAGUGCAGACACCCCUCAUUUCAUGAAAUAGCGGUGUAUUGAAUGAUUAAAUGCUGCAUGGCAUUACCCCAAAUUUAAAUAAUUUCACAUUACAAGGAACGGUUAUACUUUUUAAAAUGGAAGCGUAAAAGAGCAUUUGUUAUUUGCCGUGUUGGUUUCCCCAAAGUAAGAGAAUUAAAAAGAGUUCACACUUCAUCUUGAAGUUUCUACAGCAACACAUACACUGAAACAGUAUGUGUCUAUCUAUAUGUAGACACGCACAUUCAUUCACUCAGCAGUAACACACUGAGGCAGGAGUUGCACAGACAUCCAUGUAUUUCAAGGCUGUUACGUGACACAUGCGUAAUGGGGUUGUACUUUAUAAGCAUGGAUGUGUGAUGACAUCUAUUUAAUGUAUGUCUCAGCAUUCUUGUUGUACUUAGCAAAAAGGGCAUGAUUUUUUUCAUAUGCAUUCAUUUUGGGGAAGGAAUUCAUUUAGGCAUACACUGAAUAUAGUUUACACACCUCUGCUAGCCAAUCAGAUUGCUUGAUUCUCAGAGCCCAUUUCUUCAAUAUGUAUGUAAAAGUGCGUGGGUGAGUGUGCGUGUGUAUGUGUGUGCAUGUAUUUGUUGCAUAGAUGAUUACAAGUAGCAAUUAAACUUUAUCUUCUAGCCAAAUUCUACAUUAUGUGCAUUUGUACCUGUUACUUGUUGCUUCUUAGUUGCAGGAGCUACAAAUCUGGUUCAUUCUGGAAUAUUUCACAUUAUCUAGAAGACUGUAUUGCUGAACAUUGUGCAGCAGUUUGUAUCAGUACUGUGAUCUGCAUUUAUCAGAAACCACAACUACUCUGCACUAAAAUGGGAACAAGCUUAUGCAUACAGUUCCACUCUGAUUCAUUCCUUAGGCUUUUCACAUUAGCUUUGACUGUAAAAUUUUGUGAUGCAUUAUUGUAUUUCUUUUCUCAAUUUAGAAGGUAUUUAAAGCAUCUUUCUUGAGAAUCUUUGUACAAAAAUGCUCUUUACCAUCUUAUUUUUAAGUCAGCCUCAAAGUUUCUUUUUUUCUGCUUUAUUUUUGUUGAACAUGUCCAUGCCUGUAUUAAAUCUACUGUAAAUCCUGAAGGUAAAUAAAAUAGUUUUGUGCUUAAUCUUUA